AUGAUAAUUAUAAUAAAUGACGGGUUUUGGCGAAUAAAGGUUUCACAGUGGGAAUAUCAAUUAGAAUAUUUUUCAUCCACUGCCAAUGUACUGGCUGUGGACUUGUUAGGAUGUGGAAAGAGUGAUAUUUCAAAAAGAUUUGAUGAUUACAAAACUGAAUCUUUGGUCGAUGAUCUUGAAGAACUUUUGAAACGUUAUCCUAGUGAAACUUUGGCAUUCAUUUGUCAUUCGUACGGUUGUUGUCUAGGUGCGUUUUUGUACCAGCGAUUCAAAAAUACCGUCAAAUCUAUGACAUUCAUUUCGGUUAAAGCCGAAAUAAGUGAAAAAGAAUUAUCGCAACGAAAAACUAUUCAGUCCUGCCCUGAUAUUUUUUUUGAUAUUUUCCGCGUUAUGUUUGAUCGUCGCGGUGGAAUCAACUCUAAAAGUGUCAAUCGUAUGUUACAUAAAGAUGCGAGUGUUGGAUUGCGAACAAAACAGUUACAGUGGAAUAAACAAUCAAGGACAUUUGUGUGGAAACGAAUGCUUAGUGGUUUGAAAUGGAUAACUUGUGAUGAUAUUCGCGAGAUUCAAUGUCCAUUAUUACUCAUAUCAGGUCAAGAGGCAGGACAUCAUCCAAUGGUGGAGAAACCUGAUCUGGUCAAUUUGAUAAUCAACCAUUUUCUUAUAAAAGUGUGUGGAUUGGAUACAGUUGACCCUGCAUGGCAAAUCGUUUAUAAAACGAAAGAUGAGAACAAGUGGUCUAUGAAGAACUAUCAAAAGUGGAAACGAACUCCAACGAUAGCUGACCGAACUGUCAAUAAUACAUUAUUUAGACCAAUGAAGGUUAUGCGGCAGAAUGAUGAAGAACAUUCUCCAGAAAUAUUUAUUGCGCGACAUCCAGAAGUAGGAUUUAUCAUUGAUAUAACCAAAGACCCACCGCCUUAUAAAACAUGCGAUUUUGAUAAUUCGCAUAUUACAUAUAAUAAACUCAGUACUGCAAGUAAAAUCCCACCAUCACGUGAAGAAGUACGGAUGUUUAUUCAAAUUGCCAAUGAAGCGUGGAGAAAAAAGCCUGAUAAACAAAUAGCUGUUCAUUGUCAUUAUGGGUUUAAUCGUACAGGGUUUAUGAUCUGUUGUUACAUGAUCGAAGAAUUGCACAUCUCAGUAAAUGAUGCGAUUAACUAUUUUCAAGAGGCAAGACAGCCGAGUGGUAUCAAACAUCGUCAUUUCAAGGAGGAACUAUAUUUACGCUAUGAGCCACCUCCUAGAAUUGUUUGA